AUGAUACUUUCUAUGCAGUUAAUUAUAUGGAUGAUGCAACAUUUAUAUGGAAGGGAAGAAUGUACUCGUACAAAAACACUUUUGGGACUUGUGAAGAGAAUUGAUUUCUCAAGCAAUAGAUUAACGGAGGAGAUUCCAAGUGAAAUCACGGAUCUUGUUGGGUUAGCUUCUUUAAACCUGUCGAGAAACGGAUUGACAGGUGAGUUACCUACAAAGAUUGGAAAGUUGCAAUCAUUGGAUGCCCUUGAUUUGUCAAGAAACCAGAUAGAUGGCAGAAUUCCAACAAGCCUUGCUCAGAUAUAUGGUCUUAGUGUCUUGGACUUGUCAUACAAUAACUUAAUUGGCAAAAUUCCAACUGGCACUCAGCUCCAAAGUUUUGAUCCCUCUGAUUAUGCUGGAAAUCCUCAGCUGUGUGGACCUCCACUUCCAAAGAUCUGUGGUGAUCAACAGGAAACUCCAAUCUUGAGCAACGAAGAAGAAAAGGAUGAUCCUAUAACAUGGGGAUUUUACAUCAGCAUGGCGCUUGGCUUUAUUGUUGGAUUUUGGGGAGUUUGUGGCAGUUUGGAUUUUGUGAGGCCAUGGAGAUACUCGUGCUUCAGGUUCUUGAAUGUCUUGAAUGAUUGGUUUUAUGUGAGGGUGAUUUCAAUCAAGCAGCACUUCAAUUAA